GCUUAUUACGUCAUAGAGUUUGCUGGACUAGGGCCGGAAUCACUACCUGAGGCCCGAAUAUGAGCGCAAGAUAGUACCUGAAGCAGUCGCAAAAAGGGGCCCCGUUCCCUCACCAUUUCCGCCUCAAUGGAAGUCUCCAGUUUCGGUAAAUAAAAAGAUUGUGUGGGAAAAACUACGAUUUCCAGCAUGCAUUGCGGAUCGAAAGGCCUUCGCCACAGUGCUCCUUGGAAACUGUAGUCUUAUGGAGAGGCGAUUCCGACACCGGAAGCGGGCGCGAUUCUCACGGCAAGCCAGUUGAUAGUUUGAGGAGCUCGGUGGGCCUACGCACGUCGAUAGAUAUGGAUUGGAGUGUUAGGUUUUCGUAUCUUGAGAGCGGCGAAUAGGCUAAAGAACCUACAAGUCCCAGGAAGACUACAAUUCCCAUCCAGCCCCGCGAGUCUCGGGCAAGGAGACCACUAAGCCCCACAGCAUGGAACCACAGGUUACUCUAAAUGUGACUUUUAAAAAUGAAACUCAAAGCUUUCUGGUUUCCGAUCCAGAAAAUACAACUUGGGCUGAUGUCGAAGCUAUGGUAAAAGUUUCAUUUGAUCUGACCACUAUUCAAAUAAAAUACCUGGAUGAGGAAAAUGAAGAGGUAUCCAUCAAUAGUCAAGGAGAGUAUGAAGAAGCACUUAAGAUGGCAGUGAAGCAGGGAAACCAACUGCAGAUGCAAGUCCACGAAGCCCCACCACCAGCUGUACCAGAAAAGCGGCCAGUCGUGAGGGCAGGGAAGAAGCCACUUGCACAUUAUUCGUCACUGGUGAGGGUCUUAGGAUCAGACAUGAAGACCCCAGAGGGGCCUACAGCCCAGCGGUUUCCACUUGCUCCCCGUGACGCAGACCAGCCUCAAGACAAGCCCCCAGACUGGUUCACAAGCUACCUGGAGACAUUCAGAGAGCAAGUGGUUAAAGAAACAGUUGAGAAACUUGAACAGAAAUUACACGAGAAGCUAGUCCUCCAGAACCCAUCCUUGGGUUCCUGUCCAUCAGAAGUCUCAGUGCCCAUUUCAGAGGAAACACUGUUUUUGCCAGAAAACCAGUUCAACUGGCAUAUUGCUUGCAGCAGCUGCCAGAGGAGGAUCAUCGGUGUGCGCUACCAGUGCAGCCUGUGCCCAUCCUACAAUAUCUGUGAAGAUUGUGAAUCCGGGCCAUAUGCCCAUGACUCCAACCACAUCCUGCUGAAGUUGCGGAGACCUGUGGUGGGUUCUUCUGAAGCGUUCUCUCAUCCGAGGUUCCCUGCCCCUCGUCUCCCUGCUGCUCUGGAACAAGCCAGGCUCCAGAAACAGGUCGACAAGAAUUUUCUUAAAGCAGAAAAGCAAAGGUUGCGAGCUGAGAAGAAGCAGCGAAAGGCAGAGGUCAAGGAACUCAAAAAGCAGCUGAAACUCCACAGGAAGAUUCAUCUGUGGAGCUCCAUCCAUGGACUCCAGAGCCCCAGGUCCCCUUUGGGCCGGCCCGAGAGCCUGCUGCAAUCGAAUACCCUGAUGCUUCCUUUGCAGCCCUGUGCCCCGGUUAUGCCGACCCUCAGUGCAGCAUUUGUUGAUGAGAAUUUGCCUGAUGGGACUCACCUUCAACCAGGAACCAAGUUUAUCAAACACUGGAGGAUGAAAAAUACCGGAAAUGUCAAAUGGAGUGGAGACACAAAGCUCAAGUUCAUGUGGGGAAACCUAACUUUGGCUUCUACAGAAAAGAAGGAUGUUUUGGUUCCCUGCCUGAAGGCCGGCCAUGUGGGGGUUGUGUCUGUGGAGUUCAUCGCACCAGCCUUGGAGGGAACGUACACUUCCCAUUGGCGUCUUUCUCACAAAGGCCAGCAGUUUGGGCCUCGGAUCUGGUGCAGUAUCAUUGUGGAUCCUUUCCCCUCUACAGAGAGCCCUGAGAACAUUGAAAAGGGCAUGAUUCGCUCAAGCAAAGCUAAUGAGCUCACCUGCCAGCAAGAGGAAACUUUUCUUCUGGCUAAAGAAGAAAUUCAGCUUGAUGAAGCGACUGAGCAGACCAAAGGAACAGGAACCUGCAUCACACAGAAGACAAAAAAUGUUGCCAGCGAGAGGGAGCUUUAUAUCCCAUCCGUGGACCUUCUGACUGCCCAGGACCUGCUGUCCUUUGAGCUGUUGGAUAUAAACAUUGUCCAAGAAUUGGAGAGAGUGCCCCACAAUACUCCCGUGGAUAUGACUCCCUGCAUGUCUCCUCUGCCGCAUGACAAUCCUUUAAUAGAGAAGCCAGGCUUGGGGCAGAUACAGGAAGAGAGCGAAGGGGCGGGAUUUAAAGUGCUUCCCGAUCCCACAGUGUCAGUGAAGAGGAAGGCUCCGAACAUUGCCUCAGUGGAGGAAGCAGAAGAUGACCUGAGUGGGACCCAAUUCGUGUGUGAGACUGUAAUCCGAUCCCUUACCUUGGAUGCUGCCCCGGAUCACAACCCACCUUGCAGACAGAAGUCCCUGCACAUGAAAUUUGCCUCCCCUGAAGAGGGACCACUUGGAGAUGAGCGGGAGGUGGUUGUCCAUAGCGCCAAAGAAGCUGUUGUGGAGGAGGAAGAGGAAGAGCAGGAUGAACUCAGAGAUGAAGUUCAGAGUCAGUCCUCUACUUCUUCAGAGGAUUACAUCAUCAUCCUGCCUGAGUGCUUUGAUACCAGUCGCCCCCUGGGCGACUCCAUGUACAGCUCUGCACUCUCACAGCCAGGCCUGGAGCGAGGGGCUGAAGGCGAACCUGGGGUUGAGGCUGGGGAGAGACUCACUGGAGGGGAGAACCAGCUGCAGGAGCAGAGCAUCAGCGACAUCCUCAUGACCUCACAGACUCUGGACACAGUACCCCUCAUCCCAGAGGUGGUGGGGCCUCCACCACAGCUGUCCAGGAGCCCUCCUUGUGCACAGCCAGAUGGUUCCCCAGGAGUGGAUUUACCAGUUACCGUACCAGAAGUUCCUUCAGUCCCCGAUCAGAUCAGAGGAGAGCCCAGAGGCUCAUCAGGACUUGUAAACAGCAGACAGAAGAGCUAUGACCACUCAAGGCACCACCACCAUGGGAGCAGCAUUGCUGGAGGACUGGUAAAGGGGGCUUUGUCCGUUGCUGCUUCUGCAUACAAGGCCUUGUUUGCUGGGCCACCAGUCACUGCCCAGCCAAUAGUUUCUGAAGAUCAGACAGCAGCCCUGAUGGCCCAUCUCUUCGAAAUGGGAUUCUGUGACCGGCAGCUGAAUCUCAGGCUGCUGAAGAAACACAAUUACAACAUCCUGCAGGUUGUGACAGAGUUGCUACAGGUCAACAACAACGACUGGCACAGCCAACGCUACUGAGGAGGGGCCUCGUAUUAAAUCACUCUGCCUGCUUCUCAUGGGUGAUCUUUAUCCUGUCCUUGGGCGUAGGGGAGGAAGCCCUGGCUUAUUUUUUAAUCUGAUGAAUCUAUAUAGAGCCCAUUAUUGAAUUCUCAAGACAGGACCUGCAUUACAGUAUUUUUUGGAGCAAAUCAAAGACCAGAACUGAAGCAGAGACAUCGGAUGGUUGAAUUGUAGGAAAAUGGUUUUUCAGUUGAUUUGGAUAAAGCUCCUGUCUCCAUUUUAGUGCAUUGAAGAGCAUAACUUGAACUUCCUAUAGAACCGUUUUUCUUUCUGCUUGUAUCAAAGUUGAGUAUUUUUCUUUGGAUGUUGUGGAUGUUUCUAUGGGGAUACCUGUUGUCAGUUUUUAAAAGAAAUUAACCUUGGAGGUUGUUUUCAAGAAUUCUUACAAUUUUUCUAGCCUACCCCAAGCCUCAUGGCUAUGUUGUAUUGAAAUGACACCCAGAGCCCCAGAGAAAUCUUGUUACUCUUCCUUGUUCAAAGACAAAGUCAUUUCCCUGCGAGACUUAGUAAUCAGCACUGUUGUUUUCUAAAGACCCCACUGGUACAUUCAAGAAGAUCACCUUCUGGGUCUCCACACUUCAGUGAAAGGAGGGCGUGUGCUCAUUAACCCACCAGCACCUAUUGAGCAGUGUUUACUGUAGUAAUUUUGCAUACAUUUUUCUUUAUUUAAGGGAACAAAUUUAAGUAGAUAGUGUGAAAUAUUUUGCUAAUACUGUAGAGAUGGAGAAAACGUCUAUUAAAAAGAAAAGAAAUGUAACAGUUACCUUUUUUUCUUAACAUCAGGGCAGAGGUUACUGGCAGAUGUUAAGAGUCGAAAGGUGAAAAGUGAAAGGCAGGCUCCUAGUUAAUCUAGUAAAGUUAGUUCAGGGGCGGGCAAAUAGGAAAUGCUGAUGCCUUCUUGAAUGUUUGAAAUCUGCUCAAAGGUACCUAGCCUUAGAGAGCCUAGAACAGGAAGAGGCUGUUUUGCAAAACUUGGAUGGGGACAAACUCUGAAAAAGUUUUGAGUUAACCCCAAAAUGAAUGAGAAAGCUUGCUGCCAGGGGCCCAGGUCCUCAUUCUGUUUACAGAAAGGAGUCUUGGGUACAAUGGGUGAAGGAAAAGGUAACAAAAAAAACACUAAAAGCUAUUAUUCAUGAAAAUGACUUCCAGAAAAAGAAGACUUUUGCCCUCAUCCAGAAGGGGGAAGGAUAGUAAACUAGUAUUAUUUAACCUGGUUGGUAUUUAUAAUGAAUGGUGAUGUUAAUUAAUCAUUAGUCGUCAUCAUGUUUAUUUACAGUAUACUUCCUGACCGCUAUUAAAUAAACCAAGAUUCAGACUGCAAGCCAACCAGGCUGUUCAUUAUUUAAAACGUUUUUAUCCGGGCUUUUGGGUAGAGGCUGAGCGGCAGGGUGUGUGUAAUUAAUUGGGUUGAUUUCGGGCGGGACCUGUUCUGACCUCCUGAGUCGUAUUGUAGGGGUCCACAGAGGACCCCGAGGUCCAGUCGUCCGUCCGGUUGUACUUGUACAUAACCGCUUCAAGAAUGGUGAAAUAAAAGUUCUUUGAAAGUCCUA